AUGACUCUAGGUAGAACCAAAGAUUCAUCAUCUAGGUGUUCCAAACAUGCAAUGCCACCAAAUAACCGUCUAUUAGUGUGUAAUACCCCCUUCAAGUUGGACAAAGGACUUCUAGCCAAAAAAUCGGCCACAAUAGCUUCCUUACUCGACAACAACCCCUUUGAAGACCUCUCUGUCUUCUUCAACGAAAUACCAUCAGAACCCGAGGCCUUAGAGCUCAUAGCAAGAUUUUGCCAUGGACUCCACGUCGAAAUGACGAGUGACAACAUCAUAUCCCUCAUUUGCCUCUCUAACCAUCUCAAGAUGACCGAAACUCACUGCCCUAACAAUUUGCUCAACAAUGCCAUUUUAUUCUUGAAACAAAAAAUUCUUCCAAGUUGGGACCAAACUAUAAGAUCUUUAAGAGCAUCACAGGGGCCCACUUUCCAGCAGGCCGUUGAGAUUGGGCUUUUGGAUUUUUGUAUAGAGGCCCUCACAGCCCAUGUUUUAUCCGACCCAAAUAUCCUGGCCCAGCCCAUUAUGAGUGAGUACACCAACAAUAUAAUUAACAACAGGCCCAUUAGUAGUAAUAGUAAUGUAACAAGGAGGAAGCUCUUUUCUGAAGGUGAUCAUUCUACUGCUUCAUCAGAUUCUGAUACUUCAACCUCAACAGAAGAUAUAACCUCAUUGCCGGUUAAGAUGUACAAGUCAAUCGUCGAGACGAUGGUACAACGACAGGUUCCACAAGAGAACAUCGCCGGGUCCUUAUUUCGUUACCUCAAGAAACAUGCUGAUGAUAGUGAAGCAAUUGAGUUAAUAGAGAGACUUUUGCCUACUUGUACAAUUAGUAAUAAAUAUCCUCUCUACCCUUACACUCUCUUGUUCGAGAUGCAUGAAUUGGCAACAUCCUUAAAAGCAAGCUCAGAUUGCGUGGCUUCCUUGGAAAUUCGAAUAGGUAAGGAGUUGUAUCGCGCUACACCAGAGGAUCUCCUUGCCUUAGACCUCGAUAUAGAGAGCCUUAAAAGGGUACUAAAGGGGUUUUAUGAGAAUUUUACGGACCCUGAUUCAUCGAGUUUGGUGGCAGUGGCGGACCUUAUGGAAGAGUACUUGUUGGAGGUAGCUAAGAAGAGGAAUAUGGAUGCUAAGAGUUUUACUGAGGUGGCGGAGAUGGCAAGUUCGACAUCAAAUGUAGGGACUUACCGUUACUCGGAUGGGAUUUAUAGGGCAGUGGACGCGUACUUGGAUAAGAACACGGAGUUGAGUGAGUUAGAAAGGGAAGAAGUUUGUAGGGUUUUGGACUUUCAAAAGAUGUCAUCACAAGCAUGUAAUCAUGCGGCCUUAAAUCGAAGGUUGCCAUUGAGAGUGGUUGUACAAGUCUUGUUUGUGUCUCAGCUUCAACUAAGGGAUAACAUAAGUAAAGCUGUAGGAGGGGGUUGUAGUAAUAGUACUAGUAAUGUAGAAGAAGGAAGCCAAAGGCGAAUAAGCGAAGAGAUUAAGCAAAUCGGGGAAGAUGAGUGGGAUGAUAAUGAUGAUGAUGAAGAGAGGCAAGAGAUUAAGGAAAUAUGUCAAAGGAAUUGUUGUGUGAAAAAAGGUAAAAAGAAGGUGGGUUUUUGGAAGGGAAUGAAGAGAAAGUUAGGGUGUAUGGGAAGUAGUGAUUAUGAAACUAUGUUUGAUUGCAAUUGCCAAACUACUAAGAGUAACAAGAAGAAGAAGAGAAAUUAGGAGAAAUUUAAUGAUUUUGCUAUAUUUUUAAUCUGGUAGUGAAAUUUAGGUUUUUUUUUUUUUUUUUUUUUUUUUUUUUUUUUUAUUUUUUAUAAUUUGGAUAAGCUUAUUUUCGUGUUUUGAUUUUGUUAUUGUCAUUACUAACCAAGUUGAAAAAAUCGGGUUUGACUCUUUAAAGUACUCUAAUUUUGGAAUGAUAUGAUCAAUAUAAUAUGUACUCAGUACACUUAGAUGUGUGAAUGAAAGCUAGGUACUCUAGCAGCAGUUUUUAAAAUCGUUUCCUCAUUAUGGUUAUUAUUUUUGUAGUAUACAAAUAUAAAAUGAACAAAGAAUGGUGUAAUGAAAAUGAAGGCAUAUACAAAGUACUACAAUAGCUAUUUGCUCUUAAAUUAUUGUCUUUAUUGAUAUAAAACAAUGUCAAUAAACUUAUAUUUUCUCUUGCUAUUUUUUUUUAUAAGAAAAACAAUGGUAAAGCACUUAGGGUGUGUCUAUAAGAGACAUUGCAUGAUAUAUACAUGUUGAUUGCAACGUUUUUGAUAACACUAAUUCAUCUCCAAAUAUUUACAAUGCCACAUGCAUGUUUAUCUAGACCUUAUUAGUCGUCAUUUGUUCUUUGGCAUGCAUAUUGGAAAUAUAUAAGCACCGA